AUGAAAUUCACGAUGAAAGACAAUGUGCUUGACUUAACCGAACGCUGUGUUCUGGCCAAGGGAAAAUCCUCAGUCUGGUUGAUCGAGGUGAACCCCCGACCACCCGGCAUCGAAGUCUCGGAUAUCUUGAAGCAUACGUAUGGCAUCGAUUACUGGGGCCGUGCCAGGCAGCUUUCAUAUACCUUUCUGCAAGGGCCGCAAUACUGGAAACGUGUAAUUGAUGACAUAGACAUAAAGGACUUCCAGGGUUUGGGUUUAACAAUUCAAACCCGCUCCUGA